UCUCUUUUUAAUCCUCUGAUUUGCAUGAACAUCGGUGACAGAGGUUUGGUUCUGUGUUGACUCCUGACCACCUUUUUAUGAGGUCUUCUAGAUUCACCACAGCUGCUGACCUUCAGCAUCACUAGUACCAGGAGCUGAAAACUCUGUUAUAGGAGGAGGUGCCAAGUGCAGAUGUUUCCUAGUAACAUUUUAAUAAUAAAUGUGGAAAAAAAUCCAGAAUGAUCAAAAAUAUAAACACACUACAUUUAGUUAAUGUUACUUUAAUUACACCGUGUGCUUUUAGCAGCAUUUGUUGUUAUUCUGUUUCUUUAGUCAAGUAUGCAAACAUUGGCAUGAUAUUACAUCUAUGCUGUCUCGCGCCAGCUGAGAUACUGAGUUUUGUUUAUGUUAGAUUUUUUUUAUCUUUUGAAGACUUUGCUUUUCUCCUCUUUUACUGUUAUUGUUUCUUUUUUUCUUUUCUUUUUUAGGACGGUUGCUGCAGAGGUCAGAAAACAAGUUUCCAGAGAGUAUGGUUCUCCUCAGUUGUCCAAGAAACGGGGAGGCACACACCACCCCUUGCCCCUGACAGAGGUGGUUGAGCCUGUGGACUUUGAGGAAUAUGUGAGCAGUCAUGCUCCUGGGGUGGAGUCAGGCCCCCUCAGGCAGCUAAUGGAGUUCCCCCAGGAUGACCUGGAGCUCCUCCAGCCGGCCAAAGAUUGCAAUACACUGGAGCCUCCACUUCCUGAAGAGGAGGACUCACUGGAUCCCAGAGUGAGAGAUGCCUUGGCAGUCUACACAGAUGACUGGCUCAUCAUUCAAAGGAAGUACCAGCGCUACAGCACCACACACACACCCCACAACUCUGAACGCCAGAGGGAGAGACAACAAGGCCUGGUCAAACAGACCUUUGAACUGGACGUGGCUGCUGCCGAGCGCCAAGAAGAACAGGAUGACGCAAAGCGGCAGUCGAUUAGCAUCGACGAGACCCCUCGAGGCAGCUGGGCCUCCAGCAUCUUUGACCUCAAGAACUCCUCCCCAGACGCCCUCCUGCUGUCCGUGCUGGAACGCACAGCUGCAGAGGACAUGGACCGCCGCAAUACAGAGGCCCGCCUGCAUGGACGCCACAGCGACCUGCUGGGCCUCUAUCCUCCCCCAGAUGAGGAUGAAGCUGUAGAAAGGUGCUCUGCUCCAGAAGUGCCCAAGGAACACAGUGGCCAGAGGAUCCUGGUCAAGUGUCUGUUUCUGAAGUUUGAAAUAGAAAUUGAGCCAAUAUUUGGAACACUCGCUCUUUAUGAUGUCAAGGAAAAGAAAAAGAUCUCUGAAAAUUUCUACUUUGACUUGAACUCUGAUCAGAUGAAAGGGCUACUUAAACCUCACACGCCCCACGUAGCCAUAUCCACGCUGGCCCGUUCUGCCAUUUUCUCCAUCACAUACCCUUCUGCCGACAUCUUCUUGGUCAUUAAGCUUGAGAAAGUCCUUCAGCAAGGUGACAUUGGAGAGUGCUGUGAACCCUACAUGGUUAUGAAAGAAUCGGAUUCCUCUAAGCACAAAGAGAAGCUGGAGAAGCUGCGUCUUCAGGCGGAGCAGUCCUGCAGUCGUCUUGGCUGUUUCCGGAUGCCUUUUGCCUGGACAGCAAUUCACCUUCUCAACAUUGUCAGCAGUAUGGGAGGUCUAGACCGGUCAGAUCCAGACUCCGACUCUGAGAAAAAAGGUCUUGGAACCUGGAAUGAGAGGAAAAAGAAAGGGUUUGAGCGGAUGAGUGUUGGUGACGACAUGUGUAACUUCGCCACUUUUCGUCCCGCAACGCUGACUGUCACCAAUUUCUUCAAGCAGGAGGGAGACAGACUGAGUGAUGAGGACCUUUACAAGUUUCUGGCAGAAAUGCGCCGACCAUCUUCGGUUUUGCGGAGGCUUAGACCUGUCACAGCCCAGUUGAAGAUUGACAUCUCUCCAGCUCCGGACUCGCCCCAUUAUUGUCUAUCACCGGAGCUUCUACACGUGAAGCCUUAUCCAGACCUGCGUGUCCGUCCAACCAAAGAAGUUUUAGAGUUCCCUGCUCGCUAUGUUUACACACCACACACCAGCUACAGGAACCUGCUGUACGUUUACCCAGAAAGUCUGAACUUUAGCAGUCGCCAGGGUUCAGUGAGGAAUAUUGCUGUGAAGGUUCAGUUCAUGGCAGGAGAGGACCCGAGUCAAGCUUUGCCGGUCAUAUUUGGAAAGUCAAGUUGUGCCGAGUUCAUCAAGGAGGCGUACACUCCCGUCAUCUACCACAACAAGUCCCCAGAGUUCUACGAGGAGAUGAAAAUGAAGAUUCCUGCCAAUCUGACAGACAACCACCAUCUGCUGUUCACCUUCUACCACAUCAGCUGCCAGCCCAAACAGAACACUCCCCUGGAGACCCCUGUGGGCUACACCUGGAUUCCUCUGAUGCAGCAUGGCAGACUGCGCACCGGCUCCUUCAGUCUGCCGGUCUCUAUUGAAAAGCCUCCACCUAGUUACUCCGUCCUCACCCCUGAUGUUCAGCUCCCAGGAAUGAAGUGGGUGGAUAAUCACAAAGGAGUGUUCAAUGUAAAGGUGACGGCCGUCUCCUCAGUUCACACACAGGACCCACAUUUGGAUAAGUUCUUCACUCUAGUGUACGUUCUGGAAGAGUACUCCUUCCCCUUCCGCCUGAAGGACGUCAUUAUAAGCGAGGCCAACAUGGAGGGGGAGCUGAAGGCCAGCAUGGCUGCACUGAAAGGGGCUCUGCUUGAUACCUGUAUCAGCUUCCUGCACCAGCUGCUCACCAAACUCAUACAGCUCAUAGUCUACCCACCAGUCAUUGCAGGCCAGAUCGUGAACCUGGGCCGUGCUGCCUUCGAAGCUAUGGCUUUGUUGGUCAAUCAGAUGCAUAAGAACCUGGAGGGGAACCAGGACCAGCAUGGUCGCAACAUCCUGCUCUCUUCCUACAUUCACUACUGCUUCCGCCUGCCCACUGCUGAGCCCACAGUGCCCCCAGCAGCAGGUAGUCAGUCUUAUGAGAUGCCCAUGCAGUACGCUACCUUAUCGAGGGCAACGGCCCGUCCCAGUAGCUUGAAUCUGACUCGUUCCAAGAGCAUCAGCAACUCCAAUCCUGACUUGGCCACUUCACCAGUUUCCCCUGACGAAGAGGUGCAGAGGAUCAUAGGGAGCAAGGGCAUUGACCGUUCCCACUCCUGGGUAAACUCUGCUUAUGCCCCUGGGGGCUCCCGAUCUGUGCUACGCCGGAACCCCAACUCCAGCUGUGAGCUCAAGCAGGCAAACGACCGCAGCUGUAAUCGCAUGUCUGCCUUUCUGGACAGCGUGGCCUUGUUUUCAGUUCCCACAAGGCAGAUUACAAAGAAGCUGCUCCACGAGGAGCUGGCUUUACAGUGGGUGGUCAGCACCAGCACAGUGAGGGAAGCAGCUCUGCAGCAGGCCUGGUUUUUCUUCCAGCUUAUGACUAAGAGCAUGGCCCAUCACUUGUUCCUGACCUCCAAACUGGAAAUCCCCCGGCGUCAGCGCUUCCCAGACCGUUUCGUGGACGACAUCGCUGCACUUGUGUGUGCAAUCAGUGCCGAUAUUGCCAGCCGAUACCACAAGGAUGUGGAGCUUGUGGAGAGGUUAAACAGCAGUCUGGCGUUCUUCCUGAGUGACCUACUGUCUCUCAUGGACCGGGGCUUUGUGUUCAAUCUCAUCCGCUCCUACUACAAACAGAUUUCUAACAAGCUCCACACAGCGCAGAACCCCAGCUCUUUAAACGCACUGAAGAUGGACUUUAUGCGUAUUGUCUGCAGCCAUGAGCACUAUGUUACCCUUAACCUGCCGUGCUCGACUCUCAGCCCUCCAGCCUCCCCCUCUCCCUCCACCUCCUCCACCACUUCACAGAAUUCAGCCUUUUCCAGUAUGGCGCAAGACCAGGGUGUGGCCACCAUGUUUGAGCUCUCCGUCCCUUUUCGCCAUCAGCACUUUUUGUCUGGCCUGCUGCUUGCUGAGCUGUCUCUCAUCCUCGAUCCUGAUGGAGAAGGGGUUUUUUUCCUCCAUAAAAAGGCUAUAAGUGCUGUUCACUCCCUGCUGUGCAGCCAUGAUGCAGACCCACGCUACAGGGAUUCCCAAGUCAGAGCCCACAUUGCUCAGCUGUACCUGCCCCUCAUUCCAAUCGUAAUGGAGACACUGAAUCAGCUCCAUGACUUCUCUGACUCUCGCGUCCGUCAUGUCUCAGCCCACACCGAUGACGCUGACCUAGACAGCAGCAACAUUAUCAGUCAGUCUGUUGCUAUGGCAAUUGCUGGCUCCCCUCUGCCGCAUGCCAAAGCCAACUCGUUUGCGCUGCCCACAGUGGCUGGGCGACCAUCCAGCUCUUUGUCUGCUGAGUGCAGCAGGACUCUUCUGGUCUGCUUCCUGUGGGUGCUGAAGAAUGCAGAUGCAGCUCUCCUGGAGCGCUGGGUGUCUGAUUUGUCUGUGCUGCAAAUCAACCGUCUGCUGGAUUUGCUGCACCUCUGUGUCUCCUGUUUUGAAUACAAGGGGAAGAAAGCUCUGGAGAGGAUUAACAGCCUGACAUUCAAGAAGUCCCAGGACAUGAAAGCUCGAUUGGAGGAGGCCAUACUGGGAACUAUUGGAGCUCGUCAGGAGAUGGUCCGUCGCUGCAGAGAGAGAAGUCCCUACGGCAGCCAAGAGAAUGUCAGGUGGAGAAAGAACAUCACUCACUGGAGGCCAAAUACAGACAGAGUUGAUAAGACUAAAAGUGAGAUGGAGCAGGAGUCUGUGGUGGAUGGAAACUUGUCCACGGAGGCCUCUCUGAUAGUACUGGACACACUGGAGAUUAUAGUUAAGACUGUGGUGGCUUCAGAGCUGAAGGAGAGUGUUUUAGGAGGCGUGCUAAGAGUGCUUCUCCACAGCAUGGCUGGUAAUCAGAGUGCCCUCUUCCUGCAGCACUGCUUCACUACACAGAGAGCUCUUGUUUUCAAGUUCCCAGAGAUGCUGUUUGAAGAGGACACUGAGCUUUGCGCAGACUUGUGCCUCCGUCUCCUUCGCCACUGUAGUAGUAGUGUGGGCUCUGUCAGAAGUCAGGCCUCUGCCUCUCUUUACCUGCUCAUGAGACAGAACUUUGAGAUUGGAAAUAAUUUUGCACGAGUAAAGAUGCAGGUCACCAUGUCUUUGUCCUCGCUGGUGGGAACCUCGCAGAAUUUCAAUGAAGAGCACCUUCGGCGUUCACUGAAGACAAUCCUGACCUAUGCUGAAGAGGACCUGGAACUACGUGACACACCUUUCCCAGAGCAGGUCCAGGAUCUGGUGUUCAACUUGCACAUGAUUCUUACUGACACUGUGAAGAUGAAAGAACACCAGCAGGAUCCAGAGAUGCUCAUUGACCUAAUGUACAGGAUAGCCAAGGGCUACCAGAACUCCCCAGACCUGCGUCUAACAUGGCUGCAGAAUAUGGCAGGAAAGCAUUCUGAGAGGGGAAACCAUGCUGAGGCCGCCCACUGUCUGGUCCACAGUGCUGCCCUGGUGGCAGAAUACCUCAACAUGCUGGAGGAUUGCCGCUACCUUCCGAUUGGGUGUGUUACAUUUCAGAAUAUUUCAACCAACGUAUUGGAGGAAUCUGCUGUAUCGGAUGACGUCCUUUCUCCAGAGGAGGAGGGGAUUUGUGCUGGAAAAUACUUCAGCGAGUCUGGCCUGGUGGGCCUCCUGGAACAGGCAGCUGCCUCUUUUAACAUGGCAGCCAUGUACGAGGCCAUAAAUGAAGUGUACAAGAUCCUGCUGCCAAUCCAUGAAGCCAAUAAAGACUUUAAAAAGCUGGCCACCGUUCAUGGGAAGCUGCAGGAUGCCUUCAACAAAGUCUACAACCAAAGUUCAGGAUGGGAGAGAAUGUUUGGGACCUACUUCCGGGUGGGUUUCUACGGCUGCCGGUUUGGAGACCUCGAUGAGCAAGAGUUUGUCUAUAAGGAGCCUUCAAUCACCAAGUUAUCUGAAAUCUCCCACAGACUUGAGGAGUUCUACUCUGAGAGAUUUGGGGAUGAGGUGGUUGAAAUUAUCAAGGACUCUAACCCAGUGGAGAAAAGCAAACUGGAUCCUAACAAGGCUUACCUCCAGAUCACCUACGUUGAGCCAUUUUUCGACACAUACGAGCUAAAAGAAAGAAUAACUUAUUUUGACAAGAACUACAACCUGCGCACCUUCAUGUACUGCACUCCCUUCACACUCGAUGGCCGAGCGCACGGCGACCUGCAUGAGCAGUACAAACGCAAAACCAUCCUGACGACGUCUCACGCUUUUCCUUAUAUCAAGACACGUAUCAAUGUGAUAAACAGGGAGGAGAUCAUUCUUGUCCCCAUUGAGGUGGCCAUUGAGGACAUGCAGAAGAAGACCCAGGAGCUCGCCUUUGCCACAAACCAAGACCCUGCAGACUCCAAGAUGCUGCAGAUGGUGCUGCAGGGCUGUGUAGGCACCACAGUCAAUCAGGGCCCCCUUGAGGUGGCGCAGGUCUUUCUUUCUGACAUUCCUGAUGACCCAAAGCUGUUUCGCCAUCAUAACAAGCUGCGCCUCUGCUUUAAAGACUUCACUAAGAGGUGUGAGGAUGCCCUGAGGAAGAAUAAGGCUCUGAUUGGACCAGAUCAGAAGGAGUACCACAGAGAGCUGGAGAGGAACUACAACAAGCUGAAAGAAGCUCUGGGUCCUCUGAUUAACCGCAAGAUCCCCCAGCUAUACAGAACUCUGCCAGCUCAGACUACACAAACACAACGCAGGACCAGUUUCCGCAGAGCUGACUACUGAGGCGCUGAGCUGGAUAACAACCCAACCACAAGCUUCAGAACUUAGCACCACCUUAUCCCAUCUGUUCCCCCUCCCCCACCGCCUCGAGAACCAACUGUCACACGUACCUUCCUCUCUUCCUCAUCUAGCUCUUUCCUUUUACCCACCCACCCCCCAAAGGCCACCCAGUCCUGCCAUAAUCCUCCACCCCACACAUUUGUCACCUCUCCAGUUGAACCUUCUUCCCCCAUCCGCACCACUCUCACACCUCUGCAGGAGAACACCUCGGUUGUUUCUCCUGGAAGGUUAUCUGCACAUCAACACUCUCCAAAGAAUUCUUUUCCCUGAAAUCCCAGCCUGAACUGGUUUCAAUUUGAGGUUUAGAGCUGCCAAACACAUUUUGUAUCCAGAUCGCGUUGGUGGGGUGUUCAUGUUCAUGUUUUCUUUUUCUUGCAGUGUUUGCUUUUAAAGAGGCUGCAGGUUGUCUGUUUUGUGUUAGGGCCUUAUUUAAUUUGUAUAUUUUCUAAAAAUAUGCCUGGUAAUAGACACUGCCAGGUUAAUAAAUAGUCCCAGGGAGUUUUGUUUUAUCAGCAGACCAAAUUACUGACAUUCCUUCUUUAGCUGGAACAUUUAUCUAUCUGUCAUUUGUUAUACUGCAUAAGCUAGUGUAGUUUGUUAUCCUUUUUUACUUAUUUCUCCGCUAAAGCUCAGACCUCAGUCUGUCCAGUCUGAGUGUAGGAAGUUUAAACGUGUUUUUCUUUUUUUAAACUGUGAAGUUCUGUUCUAAUGCACUGUAGUCACAUCAGAAGCACUGCCGCCAGCCAGGCCUUCACCCACACAAAAAUGUUCAAACUGUGACAUUUAUUAUCGCCCUGCAGUACAGUCUGAUAACUGGAUUCAUCUGCCGGCGUGGUUCAAGGCAGACGGUAUUUGAACUGCUGUCUAAGAGCACUCUAAAUGUUUUGUCCCUGUCCACCGCCCUGAUUGUGGAGGAUUUAUAUUCAGUGUAACCAUUCCCAACUACUGUAUGUACUAUAUUGCACUAUUGUAAACAAACUGCCAUAAAUUAACUAAAAAAUGCUGUAACUGUCCUUUUUGUUAUUUUAUGAGGCAGCAAUAGUUUUUUACCAAUUAGAUUUUUUUAUUUAUUUACACUUGUCUUUUUUAUUCUCUCUAUUAAACCUCUUUCUACA